AUGGGAAUUAGACAAAAGGUACACUUAAGGAACGAAAUUAGAGUGUGGGAAGACCUCUGGAUACCAACGGUACCAGCGAGACCAGCAAGAGAAAUUGCCCUGGCAGUACACCCAAUGAUGCCAAUAUCAGAAUUUAUAACGGGUAAUCCGAAGAGAUGGGACAUGGAGAGGCUUGAAAACUAUGUUCAUCAAGAUGACAUUGCUUUGAUCAAAUCAUUGGCCAAAAGCCAGGAUUAUUCCCAAGAUGGAUAUUGCUGGAGCUUCACAAAGAAUGGGAUGUACUUUGUUAAGUCAGGAUAUUGGGUGGCGACUAACUUGCUGAGAAUUGACACAAAGGAAACACGAGAAGCAACACUACAAGCAUGGGCACAUGCGACAACUCCAACCCCGCCACUGCUUUUCCCAAGUGUUAGUCAUUUCACAAAUAUGGAUUAUCUGUUCCGGAGGAAGAAUGAUAUUGAGGACCCAAAGCUGGAUAAAGACCCAUACCCUUGGAUUAUAUGGUUCAUAUGGAAAGAAAUGAACGAUAAACUAUUCAGAGGAAUAGACAAGGAUCCUUUAGAAACUGUCAGACAUUCUAAAUCUGAAUGCCACGCUUGGCAUGCAGCAAACCGAAAAGAAGAAAGAUCAACAUUAACACAUCCUACAUCACAUACAAACAUUGAAAUAUGUUUGACUGAUGGAUCCUGGAAACAUGAUGCACUGCUUAGUGGUUAUAGAUGGACAUGGAAGAAUGCAGAAGGUGGGAUUCAGUUAAUGGGGGCAAGGAAUCAAGAUAAGACGAUAUCACCUUUACAUUCAGAAUUGGAGGCACUAUCAUGA